CCCCCACUGAUAAAAUGCUUACUCAUUUAAUAUUAUAGAUUUUUGAUAUAGUGGAUGUUGUUCAUUUAAUAUAAAUGCAAAUAUUGCCAUAUGUUAUAACGAUUUGAUUGAAUAGCCCGCCUACGCUUUGACGUCACAGACUGUGCAGUUGGUUACCGAACCUCGCAGGACAAAAUGCGAAUUGUAACUUAGAUCGAUGGCAAGAAGCAUGGGAGUAAGACAUAUGUUAGGUGCUGUGUUUGCGGUUCAUAUUUUUAUUCAAGUAACAUGCAGUUUAGAAGUGAAAAAGUUCCCUUUGCUGAUGCCCAAUGUGUAUCCUGACAGGGACGAAUCCUAUUUUUGUACACCCGUACGAGUAGUUCCUGAUAAAAGUUUCUACAUAGUUGGUUUUGAGCCGACUGCAACAAUGGAUGUAGUCCAUCAUAUGAUUGUUUUCGGGUGCUCAAAACCUGGAACCACUGAUCCUUAUUGGGACUGUGGUGAAAUGGCAACUUCCGAUUCCGACCCAAAACUUAAAAAAGCUAAUCCUUGCGCCGAUGGUUCUAAUGUGAUUUACGCGUGGGCUCUAAAUGCUAAACGCUUAGAACUUCCUGAAAAUGUAGGUUUCCAAGUGGGGAAGGGAACACAGAUUCAGUAUCUAGUUCUUCAAAUUCAUUACUCAAAGAAAUUUAAGAAGCACGAAAGUGACAAAUCCGGCUUGAAUCUUAUAUAUACCGAGGAACCGCAGAGUAAAUUGGCUGGUGUUUUACUAUUAGGAACAGGUGGUGCUAUACCUCCACGUAGUCUUACACACAUGGAAACGUUAUGUCAGCUCAAAGAAAAGAAAACUAUUUUCCCAUUUGCUUAUAGAACUCAUACGCACGAAUUAGGAAAAGUAGUAUCUGGGUAUAGCGUCCGCAGAGAUAAAUAUGGCGUCGAUCGCUGGUCGCUCUUGGGAAAACGUAAUCCCUACACCGCACAAAUGUUUUACCCUAUAUUUAAUAAAAGUCCCAUUAAAUAUGGAGACCGACUUGCCGCCAGGUGCACAAUGGACAGUAGUAACAGGACUGAUUAUACGAUUGUAGGCCCUAAACACGAAAAUGAAAUGUGUAACUUUUACAUAAUGUACUAUGUGGAGGAAGGGACGCCCCUUGACAUGAAAUACUGCAUAUCUGAAGGACCACCGUACUUCUACUGGCGUAACGAAGAAAAUAAUCUGAAUAACAUUCCAGAAGAAGAAGCAUCCAAUUUAAUUUAAAACGACCAAAAUGACAAACGUUAAAAACUAAAACAAAUCGAAUUUAGAGAUUAUAUACCUGACAUAGUAGUAUUAUAUUUUUGUAAAAAUUUAUUUGACGACUUCCGUUUAUUUCGCAAUGAGUUUUUGAAUACGAUUAACUUAGAAUUUGUCAUUUUUAACCAGGGAAUUGCAAUAGCAUAUCUCCAAUUAGGACAUAUACAUAUGACAUACCAGUGUUAUCACUAUGACUUAAGUAACUGUAGUCAAUUGCACUAAUAUCAAGAGAUAUAUUUAUGUAUUACUUAAUUUAUUUUUACUUAGUAAUUUAUUGUACCUAUAAUUAUUAAGUACUUUAAAAUCGUGCGCCAAAUAUUUUUCACUACUUGACAUAGUCGAAUAUUUACAAAAAUCUGCAUUCCAGGGUUAGAUAGCACACGACUUGCACAACUGAUUUUGCACAGUAGUUUCAUUGUUUUUAAAUGGUGGAACUCUUCAUGUUAGAAUUGUGGCAGUUUUACGUCUUUCCAGUAGUCAUUGCUCAGUAUUUAUUUGCCACAGAGAUUCGACUAUUUUAUUUCUUAACCGUAUAUUCGACUUUACGCACUUCUUUCCACAGUAGAAAAUGAUAUACAAGUUAGAAUUUCGUAAAAUAUGUAUACAUUCAUGUGACUAUAUAACCACUUAGUAAAACUUUAUGUAUCAGUAAGGUUACAUGGGAUCUGAAUUAUUUAGUGAAGAAUUGUAAACUUUUGUAUAAUUACACGAGCAUUGUUCAUAAGUUUUUUUAUUUUGUGUUGUGUACUGUCAAAAAAUCCAAAACAAAAUCUAAUUAUUGCAAGCAUAUGUGAUGUAAGAUUAUAACCAAAAUGUUAUUGUAUCUCCCUUAUUUUUAAUCUGAAAAUGUAGGUCGUUAUCGUUUUUUCUACAUCUUUUCUAGGACACACGUUAAAUUAAUGGUACUCAUCAGUGCCUUGCACUUAAAAUUACCUAAACAUACGAGUAUAAGCACAAUAUUAUCAAAGCUGUAAAUGGCCUAUGUAAUCAAAUAUACGUACACAUUAAAAGUAAAGAUUUUGUUAGUUGUAGAAAAUAUGUUUUAUGAUUUGUGAAACGUAUACAUGAUUGAAAAUAAUGGAGACUGACGUGUUCAUAUUGAUACCGGCCAUGAUUGAUGGGUUGGUUACGUCCUCCUAAAACGUUAUAUUGUAACCAGAUGUCGCUUCUGAUUUCAAACGGCAUUGUAGAACUAAUAUGUCGCCUAUCAAAGCUAAAUAGACACAUAUUUUUAUUAGAACAUUGUAUCAUACAAAACAGUACAAAUAUAUUCCAAUGUAAACUAUUUUUUAUUUUUAUUUAAUUAUAGUACACUUGUGGCGUACAUGAUCAUUGCUCAAACUUAAUAUACUAGUUUUUUCAGAUAUCUAUAACGAUAAGCGACAUAUUGCUUGUAUGUGACACAGAAGUCAAAGUGGCCGUUAUGAAUAUGAGUCCCUAUUUAUCUAUUCUGUUGUAAUAUUUGUUAUACAGGGGUAUGUUUGAAGAUGAGUAAUAGUUUAUGAAUUUGUUGGUAUUUUCGGAAAUUUAUUGUAGUUGAAAUGAAGUAUGGUAAACAUGAAAACACGAUGUACCUAUGUGUGUAUUUUUGUAUUGAGUGUGUAUUUACUUAGUAUGUCGAUAAAUGUGAUGCUUCUAUAAAUGGGUAUGUAGGACCUCAUAUCACAGUUA